AUGAUAGAAAACUCAUACAACGAUUAUCUUAGAGAAGUAAUUUUAGAACUGUUUCCUAGAAAGGAGGCACUUCUUUUUAUGGAAGAAUCUGAAAAGAAAAGGCCUCUUACAAUUAGAGUUAAUGGUCUUAUGACAAGAAAAAAAGAAUUAAUACAAAAAUUAUCAUCCAGAGGAAUGGAUAUGGAGAAUAUCGAAUGGUGUGAUGAUGCUCUUAUUAUUUUUAAUAGUAGUGUACCUGUUGGUGCUACUCCUGAAUAUCUUGCUGGAUAUUACAUAAUACAAGGUGCUUCUUCAAUGCUUAGCGUACUUAACUUAGAUGUUAAAGAAAAUCUUAAAAUAAUUGAUAUGUGUGCUGCACCAGGAGGUAAAAGCCAGUAUAUAAGUGCAUUAAUGAAUAAUACAGGUGUACUUUAUUCAAAUGAUAUUUCUGAUGACAGAAUAAAAGCUUUAAGAAGUAAUUUACUCAGAAUGGGUGUUACAAAUGCAAUUGUUACAAAUUUAGAUGCUAGAAAACUUAAUUUUGGAUUAGUAGAUAGAGUUCUUUUAGAUGCGCCUUGUAGUGGCACUGGUGUAAUUUCUAAAGAUCCAUCAAUUAAAAUGUCUAGAACUGUUGAUGACAUAAGAAAAACAGUAUUUAGACAAAAAGAGCUUAUUUUAAAGGGAUUUGACAUGCUUAAAAAGGG